CAUCUUACAAUGCAGCAAACUCAGGAAUGUCCCUUUAAAAUUACAGUUGUCAAAAGGUGAAUUAGUGAAAAUUAAUGUGAAGACUGACUUGAUACAAGUACAAAGAGGGAACCUAGAUCACUCGAACCCUAAGCUCAGGUAUCCGUAUGGACGUAUAUAUAAAAGAGAAAAACCAAGACAAUUUGACUUUUUAGGAUUAGCGAGAAACAAAACGAAACUGGCAGCGUGGUUUGUGAGCAACUGCAGGACGCCAAGCCAACGCGAGCGAUAUGUCCAGGAGACGAAGAAGACGAUGGUGGUGGACGUUUACGGAGCUUGUGGCGAUACACAAUGUGGUGUUAGAAAUAGUGAUGACGGCUGUAAAAAGAUGCAGUCACGGGAAUACAAAUUCUAUCUAUCAUUUGAAAACAGUUUGUGUCAUGACUACAUUACGGAAAAGGCCUUUCUUUACAUGGGGGCAGACAUCGUGCCCGUGGUAAGAGGAGGUGCGAAUUACAGUAAAUUUUUACCUCCCAAUUCGUUCAUCAAUACAGCGGAUUUUAAGAGUCCCAAGCACCUUGCUGAAAAUCUUCUCUACCUGGAAAAAAGUCACACGGCUUAUGUAGAAUAUUUGCAGUGGAAGAAUCAUUACUAUUCGAAAAGAACUAGGAUUGGUGUUUGUGAAUUGUGCCAAAAGUUGUUCAAUGCUACAAGGUACGCCAAUGUUUACGAGGAUGUUUAUUCUUGGUGGCAUAAAGGUACUUGCUUCUCUCCAAAAGAUUUGGAUUCAGAAACAAAAUCAGGAAACAAGAAGAUGAAAGUGUAAUUAAAUUUAUAUUAAAAGUAUAUCAGCUUCCGGGAACAAACGUGGUCUAAAACAAGUUUACGUGGUUUGUGUAUUGUUAUCUGUGUUGUCUAAAACACUUUUACUUGGUUUGUUUGUUUGUUUUUAUUUAUUUAUUUGUGUUCUCUAAAACACUGUCACGUGGUUUGUUUGCUUGUUAUUGUUGAUGUCUAAAGCACUGUUACGUCGUUUGUUUUGUUUGUUUGUUGUUAUUGUUAUCUGAAACAUGUUUAGCUGAUGGAGGUUUGUUUGUUGUUGAUGGUGAUGGUGAUUAUUUAUUUGUUUAUUUAUUAAAUUCAUUUGUGAAUCUUC